AUGUUCUCAGUGAUUAUACCAGGCAGACCGUGCCUUACAGAUAUCGUCGCGGUGGACGGCCAGCCCGGCCAGCCGACCAAGUUCGCCUUCACCUUCCCGUUUAGCCCGUCGUUCAGCGACGUGGUCGUCUUCUUCCUCCCCGGCACUGUUCUGCCCCAAGACACCGCAGCUGCGAUCUAUAUCCAGAUCCCCGAAUCGAACCCGUCUCCCAAUGGUCCCGAGUUCCGGUUUCUCGGCGCAUUAGCCAACGACAAGCCGUCUGCCAUCUUCAAGGCCCGCCAGGCUGAAACCAAUCUGUCUGGUGGCAGCGCCCAGGUGACAGGAAUGGUCACCCUGGGAAUCUCGAUUGAGCCGAUUCAGACCGUUGCGCCGCAGGUGGCAGCCCUGGAGGCCCAAAGCUCUAUCAGCCAGUCGUCCUCCACGGCGCUUGUGCGUCAGUCACCGCAAGAGCGGCAACAGAAGGCAAUCUCGACCAAAGUGUUAGCCCAACGAAUCAUUGGCAAUGCGUUCAAUUUUCUAGCGAGCUUUGCCUCGUCGGAUCCCAGUAACAAAGGGCAAGAGGUCGUGCCGCUGAAAAGCUUUCAGGAUUGGUGGUCGAAAUUUGAAAGACGAGUGCAGAUGGAUCCAGGAUUCCUAGAACGGGAGGAGUCGAAUAUCUGA